ACGGUACAGUCCAGCUUUCCAUGCGGAGUUUCAUGUUUGCCCAGCUCCUGUGUUUAUUGCUUCUAUCUACGUUUGUGCCUUGGAGAGCAUCGUCUUUUUCUGUCAAGCAUAAACGUGGGCACGUCCAGCCAACGGAGGACAAAAACAUGGCGGCCUCCUUGCGUCUGGGUCGUCAGGGAAUCUUACUUGGCUUCGGGUUAUCAAGCUUUAAGAAAUGUUCGUGGACAACACAACCGUGGCAGAAACAUGUCAGACACCUCUUCCAGUCCCCGUCUUUCCUUGGGGUCAGCCAAAUCAAAGUGCAAAUGCCAGCUCUCUCCCCGACAAUGGAGGAGGGAAACAUAGUCAAAUGGCUAAAGAAGGAAGGCGAGGCAGUGGCAGUUGGUGAUGCCCUCUGUGAAAUUGAGACGGACAAGGCUGUGGUUACCAUGGAAUCCAGUGAUGAUGGUGUCCUGGCCAAGAUCUUGAUGCAGGAGGGCAGUCGCAGCGUGCAACUGGGCACACUCAUCGCCCUCAUGGUGGAGGAGGGGCAGGAUUGGAAACAGGUUGAGAUCCCCCCUCCAGAGGCAACAGCUCCCUCUCCUGCCCCACCUGCAGCCGCUGCUCCGGUUGGGAUCCCUGCUGCUCCACCUCCAUCGCUUCCAUCCAAACCAAUUACCUCAGGACCGUUACGUUUGAGUCCAGCAGCAAGACACAUCUUGGACACCCAUGGCCUGGACCCCAAGUUGGCCACACCCACAGGGCCCAGGGGACUUAUCACCAAAGAAGAUGCCCUGAACCUUUUGAAGAAGUCGCCUGUCCAGCCAGCAGCCCCAGUCUUGGCUACCCCAGCCGCCCCGAGUCCUGUGCCCACCACGACAGCUGCCCCACCUCCACCAGGCAGCAGACCCAACAUACCCCCACUCUCUGUGCCAGGGAAGCCAGGAGCACCGGGCACGUUUACUGAGAUCCCAGCCUCUAACAUUCGUCGUGUGAUUGCUCAAAGGCUGACAGAGUCCAAGACCACCAUCCCCCAUGCUUACGCCACUGUUGACUGUGACAUGGCUGCUGUUAUUCAGCUCCGCAAAGACCUGGCCAAAGAACAGGUCAAAGUGUCUGUCAAUGAUUUCAUCAUUAAGGCAGCUGCUGUAGCACUUAAAGAAAUGCCAGAAGUCAAUGUAACUUGGUCUGGCCAUGGCCCUCAAGCGCUUGAUUCCAUCCACAUUGCCAUCGCUGUGGCCACUGAGAAGGGUCUUAUCACCCCCAUCAUCAAGGAUGCUGCACACAAAGGUGUUCAGGAAAUCUCAGCAACUGCUAAGGCACUGGCCCAGAAAGCUCGAGAUGGGAAGCUUCUGCCCGAGGAAUACCAAGGAGGCUCAUUUAGUAUAUCUAACCUGGGGAUGUUUGGCAUCAGUGGCUUCAGCGCAGUGAUCAACCCUCCUCAGGCGUGUAUCCUUGCUGUGGGGAGCUCCAGGGCUGAGUUGCGACUGUCGGAGGAUAACCAGGCCCUUCGCACCCAGCAGCUGAUGACAGUAACCCUGUCCAGUGAUGGGCGGCUAGUAGACGACGAACUGGCCUCACGCUUCCUGGAGAAGUUCCGCAGCAACUUGGAAAAACCGCAACGCAUGGCUUUGGCCUGAAAGAUGGGAAGGAAGACUGAAGGAAGAUAGCUAGAUAAGAAGAAAGUGAGAAACACCUCCAUGAUAAAGCCUUUCUCAUGUUUGCACAGGCAGAGGUCUUGGACAGUUUAUUCCUGUUCAUGUCAGCAAUAAUAUUGCCAUUUCCUGAAUUAAGGCUUGCAAGCAUGUGACUCUCAUGCAUAUUGUGUACUUUUUCCUUCUCCACUGUAUUGCUUUUGAAAAAUUAUCCCCUGGCUUUUUGAUGGAGGUGUUAAUUUGGACUAGUGCUCGAGGAGUGUUCUCUAGUAUUGAUGCAUUGGUAGGUCCAAAGGAGAGGAGCAUAGAAGGGUGUGUCCCACACAGUGUGAAAGGUCAAUUUGCAACUGUGGUUGUUCCACCACACCGUUGUUUGUAUAUAAAUUGGUUUAAAUUCAGGUUCCUUUUCAAGAGUCCAAGAAUACAUGCUUGUCCAAAUGACUUCGCCUCCCACGCACAAAAUGAAACAGAUGCUUCUUCAUAGAUUUUCUAAUUUUGUUCAUUUGUCCAUUGUAUUUAUUACCAGUCAUCAGUGGCAAUGCACUCUUCUUGUGCUUGUGUACCCAUAUUUGUACUGUAAUGAUUCUUUGAAAAUGUAGGGUAUAUCUUUUGCUGGACUAAAAAGGAAAACUAAACCCAACUAAAUUCAAUAUUCAUUGUCCAUGUUGAUAACUUAUUUAAAAUGGAAGCAUUAUCACAUCCUUCAAAAGACAAGCCAGAGCAUGAAUACAAAGUGUACCAUGAAUAAGAUUUUAAUCUUUUUCAGCGCUAAUAAAUACAUCCAUUCUGUG